AUGCCUGAAACGAAUUCAACGUCCGUCAACGGCUACGGUAGCGCGUACGCCGCCAAACAUAAGCUCCCUUCACAUUUUAUCGGUGGAAAUCGACUGGAUCUAGCUACUCCGGGCACCGUCAAGGACUUUGUGGCCAAGAACGAUGGUCACUCCGUCAUUACCUCUGUCCUGAUUGCGAACAACGGUAUUGCGGCCGUCAAAGAAAUUCGAUCCGUACGAAAAUGGGCGUACGAGACUUUUGGCGAUGAGCGGGCUAUCCAAUUCACCGUCAUGGCCACCCCGGAGGACUUGAGAGCGAAUGCAGACUAUAUUCGUAUGGCAGAUCAAUACGUAGAGGUCCCUGGUGGAACUAAUAAUAAUAAUUACGCAAACGUCGAGCUGAUCGUCGAUGUUGCGGAACGGAUGGUUGCGCAGCACGCGGGGGUUCCCUGCAUUCCGUGGUCGGGCACGGGCGUAGAUGAGGUCACUAUCGAUGAGGAGGGCAUUGUUACCGUGGAGGACGAAGUUUAUGAUCUGGGAUGCACGCACUCUCCCCAGGAAGGUCUCGAAAAGGCUCGUGAGAUUGGGUUCCCCGUCAUGGUCAAGGCGUCCGAGGGUGGUGGUGGAAAGGGUAUCCGCAAGGUUGACAGCGAAGAGAACUUCGAGGCCUUGUACAAUGCAGCUGCCAGCGAGAUACCGGGAUCGCCCAUCUUCAUCAUGAAGCUGGCCGGAAACGCUAGGCAUCUGGAAGUCCAGCUUCUCGCUGAUCAGUAUGGCAAUAACAUCUCCUUGUUUGGCCGUGAUUGCUCCGUCCAACGACGUCACCAGAAGAUUAUCGAGGAGGCCCCAGUCACCGUGGCUAAACAGGCUACUUUCCAGGAGAUGGAGAAAGCUGCAGUUCGUUUAGGUCGUCUUGUAGGCUACGUCUCUGCCGGUACUGUUGAAUAUCUCUACUCCCACGCCGACGACAAGUUCUACUUCCUCGAGCUCAACCCUCGUCUGCAGGUCGAGCAUCCAACCACCGAAAUGGUCAGCGGAGUCAAUCUUCCUGCUGCCCAGCUGCAGAUUGCAAUGGGUAUUCCCCUCCACCGCAUCCGUGACAUUCGCCUCCUCUACGGCGUUGACCCCAACACUUCCUCCGAUAUCGACUUCGGCUUCUCUAAUGAAGGAAGCACCAAGGUCCAGCGCCGGCCACAGCCAAAGGGCCACACCACCGCUUGCCGAAUCACCUCCGAAGAUCCAGGUGAAGGUUUCAAGCCUUCCAGCGGUACGAUGCACGAACUGAAUUUCCGAAGUUCCUCCAACGUGUGGGGUUACUUCUCUGUGGGUACUGCGGGCGGAAUCCACAGUUUCUCCGACUCGCAGUUCGGUCACAUCUUCGCCUAUGGAGAGAACCGAUCUGCCUCGAGGAAACACAUGGUUGUUGCUCUCAAGGAAUUGAGUAUCCGUGGUGACUUUAGGACGACGGUCGAGUAUCUUAUUAAGCUGCUCGAAACGCCUGCCUUCGAGGACAACACUAUCACUACCGGAUGGCUGGACGAGCUGAUCACUAAGAAGCUGACUGCCGAACGACCGGAUCCAAUUGUGGCUGUCAUUUGCGGUGCCAUGACCAAAGCUUACUUGGCCAGCGAAGCAUGCGAAUCUGAAUACCGUAAGGGUAUCGAGAAGGGUCAAGUACCUGCCAAGGAUGUCCUCAGCACCGUCUUCCCAAUUGAUUUCAUCUAUGAGGGAUCUCGCUACAAGUUUACGGCUACCCGCUCCAGCAUCGACAGCUACCACCUGUACAUCAACGGCAGCAAGUGUUCCGUUGGUGUUCGUGCAUUAGCUGACGGUGGACUCCUUAUCCUUCUUGACGGCCGAAGUCAUAAUGUCUACUGGAAGGAAGAGGCGGCUGCUACUCGUUUGUCCGUCGAUGGCAAGACCUGUCUUCUUGAGCAGGAGAAUGAUCCCACCCAGCUGCGAACCCCUAGUCCUGGUAAAUUGGUCAAGUUCACCGUCGAGAACGGCGAGCAUGUUCGUGCCGGCCAACCCUUCGCUGAAGUUGAGGUCAUGAAGAUGUACAUGCCCUUGAUUGCCCAGGAAGACGGAGUGGUUCAAUUCAUCAAGCAGCCCGGAGCUACUCUCGAGGCAGGUGAUAUUCUCGGUAUCCUCGCACUAGACGACCCAUCUAGAGUCAAACAUGCCUCGCCAUUCCACGGCCAACUGCCAGAGCUCGGCCCACCACAGGUCCUUGGUAACAAGCCCCCACAGCGAUUCAUGCUUCUUCUGAAGAUUCUCCAGGAUAUCCUCCGCGGAUACGACAACCAAGUCAUUAUGGGAGCCACUUUGAACGAACUCGUUGAAGUCCUGCGUAACCCAGAGCUACCAUACGGAGAAUGGAACGCAUACGCUUCUGCCCUGCACUCUCGCAUGCCGCAAAAACUCGAUGCCCAAAUGACACAGGUCAUUGAGCGUGCAAAGUCUCGCAAAGCAGACUUCCCCGCUGCCCAGCUUAUGAAGAUCGUCACCCGCUUCAUCGAUGAGAACGUCAAGCCAGCCGAUGCCGAGGCUCUACGAAGCACUAUUGCGCCUCUGUUGCAAAUCAUUCAGCGUUACAACGAGGGUCUCAAGGUGCAAGAGUACAAGAUCAUCGUCUCCCUGCUUGAGCAGUACUGGGAUGUCGAGCGCUUGUUCGCUCAGGGCAACACUCGAGAUGAGAGCGUCAUCUUGAAACUCCGUGACGAGAACAAGGAGGACAUCUCAUAUGUCAUCCAGACCGUGCUUUCACACAGCAAGAUCGGAUCAAAGAAUAACCUCAUCCUCGCUAUCCUUGACAUGUAUCGCCCCAACAAGCCUAAUGUCGGCAACGUUGCGAACUAUCUCAAGUCCAUCCUCCGCAAACUAGCUGAACUUGAAUCUCGCGCUACCGCCAAGGUCGCUCUCAAGGCCCGUGAGGUGCUUAUUCAGUGUGCUCUGCCUUCUCUUGAAGAGCGAGUUGCUCAAAUGGAACAUAUCCUGCGCUCGUCUGUGAUUGAAUCUAAAUACGGUGAGACCGGCUGGGACCACCGAGAACCUGAUCUUAAUGUUCUCAAGGAAGUCGUUGACUCGAAAUAUACCGUCUUCGAUGUCCUGCCUCUUUUCUUCGCCCAUAGUGACCCAUGGGUUUCCCUUGCUGCACUUGAAGUCUACGUUCGCCGUGCUUAUCGUGCCUAUGCUCUCAAGGGUAUCGAGUACCACAACACAUCCGAAGCACCAUACUUCGUAUCCUGGGACUUCAUCCUUCGCAAGGUGCCGCACUCUGAAUUCGGUCUACCAGGUCAGUCAACCACGUCAUCUGUGCCAGGAACACCCAUUUCGGAAAUCAACCCAUUCAAGAAGAUCGGAUCUAUCAGCGAUAUGGCGUACUUCACGAACAAGGGAGUGGGCCCAGAUGAAGUGACGAGAAAGGGUGUUUUCAUUCCUGUGCAUUACCUUGACGAAGCUGAGGAAGUGCUCUACAAAGCUCUCAGCGUCUUCCCCCGUGCUGCCCCAACCAUAGCUAAGCCAAAGAAGAACGGGGCUCUGCCUGACCGUAGCAAGCCAGCGGCACGUUAUGAAAACGAUGAGGAGCUCACAGGUGUCUGCAACGUUGCUAUCCGUGACGUUGAGGAUCUGGAUGACUCCGAACUUGCUUCUCGUCUCGCAGCUCUUGUCAGUGAUGCAAAGGGUGAAUUGCUUGCUCGUGGCAUUCGCCGUUUGACUUUUGUCUGCGGUCAUGAAGACGGCACGUAUCCUGGCUACUUCACCUUCCGUGGACCAACAUAUACCGAAGACGUUAGUAUCCGUCACAGUGAGCCAGCACUUGCCUUCCAGCUUGAACUGGGCCGUCUGUCCAAAUUUAAAAUCAAGCCUGUCUUCACUGAGAACCGUAACCUGCACGUUUACGAGGCUAUUGGCAAGGGUCCUGAGCUUAGUGACAAUGCUGUUGACAAGCGCUACUUCACUCGUGCUGUGGUUCGACCAGGCAGACUACGUGAUGACAUUCCUACCGCUGAAUAUCUCAUUUCCGAGGCCGAUAACUUGAUGACUGAUAUUCUCGACGCACUCGAAAUUAUUGGCAACAAUAACUCCGAUCUGAAUCAUAUCUUCAUCAACUUCACCCCUGUCUUCCCCUUGCAACCAGCUGAUGUCGAGAAAGCCCUUGCUGGUUUCUUGGAGCGCUUUGGUCGACGUCUGUGGCGUCUGCGCGUCACUGGUGCUGAGAUCCGUAUCCUCUGCACUGACCCUGCCACGGGCGCACCUUAUCCUCUCCGAGUGGUUAUCACCAACACCUCCGGCUAUAUCAUCCAGGUUGAGCUUUAUGUUGAGCGUAAGUCUGAGAAGGGCGAAUGGAUCUUCCACUCUAUCGGUGGCACGACCAAGAUUGGAUCCAUGCAUCUCCGUCCUGUCUCCACACCCUACCCUACCAAGGAAUGGCUGCAGCCUAAGCGUUACAAGGCCCAUCUUAUGGGUACUCAGUACGUUUACGAUUUCCCAGAGCUGUUCCGUCAAGCUUUCCAGAACAGCUGGACUUCUGCCAUCGCUGCUCACCCUGCCUUGGCUGAGAAGAGGCCUGCUCAGGGCACUUGUAUCGAAUACUCCGAGCUUGUCCUCGAUGAUAGGGAUAACUUGGCCGAAGUUUCUCGUGAACCUGGUACCAACACCCAUGGUAUGGUUGGAUGGCUGAUCACAGCUAAGACACCAGAAUAUCCACGUGGAAGACGCUUCAUCGUUGUCGCCAACGACAUCACGUACCAAAUUGGUUCGUUCGGACCACAGGAAGAUAAGUUCUUCUACCAGUGUACCGAGAUGGCUAGAAAGUUGGGAAUUCCCAGAAUUUACCUGUCUGCCAACUCUGGUGCGCGUAUUGGUAUGGCGGAUGAAUUCAUGUCGCAGUUCAGCGUCGCAUGGAACAACCCAGAAAAGCCAGAGAAUGGGUUCAAGUAUCUCUAUCUCACACCAGAUGUUGAGAAGCGCCUUGCCAAAGAGAAGAAGAAGGAUCUUAUCACCGAAUUGAUCACUGAGGAUGGCGAAGAGCGCUAUAAGAUCACCACCAUCGUCGGAGCCAAGGAUGGUCUCGGUGUUGAGUGUCUUAGGGGCUCUGGUCUGAUUGCCGGUGCUACCUCCAAGGCAUACGAAGACAUCUUCACCAUCACACUCGUCACUUGUCGUUCCGUUGGUAUCGGUGCUUAUCUCGUUCGUCUCGGCCACCGUGCGAUCCAGGUCGAGGGUCAGCCAAUUAUCCUCACUGGUGCACCAGCUAUCAACAAACUUCUUGGACGUGAAGUGUAUACCUCCAACUUGCAGCUCGGUGGUACCCAAAUCAUGUACAACAACGGUGUCUCACACAUGACUGCCAACGACGACUUUGCGGGUAUCACCAAGAUUGUGGAAUGGAUGUCCUUCAUCCCUGAGAAGAAGGGUGCUCCCAUUCCUAUCCGCCCAUCGGCUGAUCCCUGGAACCGAGAGGUCACAUACUGUCCUCCACCCAAGCAACCAUAUGAUGUCCGCUGGCUCAUUGGCGGAAAGGAGGACGAUGAAGGCUUCCUUCACGGACUAUUCGACAAGGAUUCUUUCGAGGAGGCCCUUGGUGGCUGGGCUCGAACCGUCGUUGUUGGCCGUGCUAGACUCGGUGGUAUCCCAAUGGGUGUCAUUGCUGUCGAAACUCGAUCCGUCGACUGUGUCACGCCAGCUGACCCUGCCAACCCUGAUUCCAUGGAAGUGCUGUCUACUGAAGCCGGAGGAGUCUGGUAUCCUAACUCCGCAUUCAAGACCGCCCAGGCUCUCAAGGACUUCAACUACGGUGAACAGCUGCCCGUCAUGAUCCUCGCUAACUGGCGUGGUUUCUCUGGUGGUCAACGUGACAUGUACAACGAGGUUCUCAAAUAUGGUUCCUAUAUCGUUGACGCCUUGGUUAAGUAUGAGCAGCCUAUCUUCGUCUACAUCCCACCACACGGUGAACUACGUGGUGGCUCUUGGGUCGUCAUCGAUCCAACUAUCAACCCAGACCAAAUGGAGAUGUACGCCGAUGUUGAAGCCCGAGGUGGUAUUCUUGAACCCGAAGGUAUCGUGAACAUUAAAUACCGCCGCGAUAAACAACUCGACACCAUGGCCCGCCUGGACCCAGAAUACGGCGCCCUCCGCCAAGCUCUCAAAGACAAGUCUCUAAGCCCUGAGAAGCUUUCCUCGAUCAAGGCCCAGAUGACCGAGCGUGAGGAGAAACUACUGCCCGUCUACAUGCAGAUUGCCCUUCAAUUCGCCGACCUCCACGACCGCGCCGGCCGCAUGGAAGCCAAGGGCACAAUCCGCAAACCCCUCGAAUGGAAGAACGCCCGCCGCUUCUUCUACUGGCGUCUCCGCCGUCGUCUAAGCGAGGAAAUCAUCCUCAAGCGCAUGGCGGCUGGCACCCUCGCUUCCGCCACUGCCUCCCCAACCCCACCAACCACCGCCACGACUCCCCCCAUCCCCAGCCCUUCCAACACCCCAUCCCCCGCCAACACAUCCAGCAUCGUCACUGCUCGCUCUCCACGUGAUGAGAACCUGACCAAACUUAAAUCAUGGACCGGAAUUGAUGACGAUGAAUUCGAAUCCAACGACCGUGAAGUCGCCAUCUGGUACGAAGAAAACAAGAAGACCGUGUACGAGAAGAUUGAAACGCUUAAGACCGAUGGUGUCGCUGCCGAAGUUGCUGCUUUGCUUAUGGGUAAUAAGGAAGGUGGUCUGCGUGGUGUGCAGCAAAUUCUUAGCAUGUUGCCUGCUGGAGAGAAGGCUGCUGUGUUGAAAUACUUGGGCUCUUCAUACACCGCUGUCCUCGGCUACCUCUCAUCAAAUACCCCCAAAACCCUCAUCCAACUCUCUCACUGCGGGGUUUCCGGUGCUGAUACCGACAUUAUGUCGGUACUUAGACAUGGCAGCGCUUUUCUCCAGCGACGGCUGACGAAGCUGUAUACCGACACCAAAUCAUCCUGCGAAAGCGUCACCACAGCUGCCAGGCCCAACGACGACCCAGAGCUCGUCUCUCUUAACCGUCACUUUCGAACGCAGAAGGAUAGGCUGUUAGCGUGGGGUCUAGACUGGAGUGAUGCCAGUGCAGCGCAACCAAACGAUAUUGAUGAAGCGUUAACAGAAGCUGGAUUCAGCGAUGUGGUCGCAAGUGUUAUGUCAUCUAUCCAAAAACUUCUCAAUGAGGCUGAACGGCUGCAACACCCAAAUGCCGCAACCAUGUCACCGGAUGGUCUGGGAGGCAAGGUUACGGACGGCAGCUACACAGCUAGCGCUACUGGUGGUGUGAAAACAACCUGGACAGAAGCAGAGAUAUCCCGAUCCAAAGUAUUGUUGGAAGAAUUAACAUCUCACAUCGAUACCCUUUACGAUUUAUCGGCAUCUAGGCGGGAUAUGAGCAUGAGCAUAUCAUCGAAUGCGCCACAAAACGAGAAAUAUGCACACCAUCGUGGCUUAUCGAAACAGUCGAAAGAAGCUCUUCGUCCAAUAUUAAAAUCCUCAAAAUCAGCUGGUAGCAAGCCAAGUUAUCGGGAAAUUGCGUCGAAGGAAACUCGGCCUGUCAUGCCAACCAACGGUCCUUUUUUGAAUACGCACGUUGAUCCUUCUCUCACCGUGAAUAAUGAAGCAUUUCAGCUACCGUUACCACAGCCUCAACAGAAUGGAGAAUUCUAUCUAGAUCGCUCUGCCUUGAGCCUUUCGAAAGAGAGCAUCGCACACGCAACAACGCCUCCUCCUUAUGAGGCCGUUGCCGCCUCAACUAGUUCAAGAGCGAUGGGAUAUAUCAAUAGAGAGGCCAUUACGUCUUGCCUAAUGGGAAGUUGUCGUGGCGCCUCCAUCCCAGUUAUGGUUGAAUUUUUGCCAAUUUUGAUGGAGGCGCAACGUUCUCUUGCCCAUCCGCUAAAGCAGCGCAUGAAGACUAUCAGUCAGACUCUAGAUCGCCUGAUAGAAAAUUCAAGGGUUUCUCACCUUGGACUGUUGAAAUUUAUUGGUUAUUACAUCGACAUGACUUACUCCCGUUACGCAUUCGUUUACCAGACACCCCUCGACGUGUUUCCAUUUUUACAACAACCUUCUGAUACCAUGCAGCCCAGGCCACUCGUCUCACUUCUUCACACUGGCGAUGAUAAGCAAGAAGGGCCUGUGCCAAACCUUGAGGUUCGGUUGGCUCUAGCAUACAAUCUCGUGCUAUCAGCGCUACAUCUACGAAGUCAGAAUCUCGUUCAUGGCAACAUAAACAGCAACAACAUUAUAAUAUUUCCUGGCGUCCACGUAUCUAACACUGGAUCCACGAGUAACGAGAGCUCGGAUUACCGCCGACCUUAUCUUACUUCCCUUGGCCAGUUUGAUGGCGAUGACAAAAAUGCGCCUCCGGAGCCUUUGUCGUCAAGCAUGUAUCGACACCCUGACGAUCGAAGGGCCUAUAAUGAUAAGGCUGCCUGGGCGUAUGAUCUAUACAGUCUUGGUCUAGUCCUGCUUGAGAUAGGACUAUGGACACCGAUCGGGAGACUGUGGAAAUUAAAAUAUAAUAACUCGAUGUUCAAAUCCAGAAUCGAAAACGUCUACGUGAAAAAGCUAGCAGCUAAAUGUGGAGGUGCUUAUAUGCAAGUCGUUCAGCUAUGCCUUGACACUCCAAAUUUCCAUUUAUCUACCGAGCCCAUGGCCGAUUUGGGACUUAGAAUUCCACAGACAUAUAACUAUCCCUGGACCGACUCAGUUAGCUCGAAUGAUUGGAGCACGUUUUCGAAGAAUUUUGUUUACACGAUUGGAAAGGUUCUUUGGAAGUGUUGCGGCGUCGAUGUGUUCUCACCACCUCCGGCUUCUGAUCUAGAAGACUCCCUUCCUCCACCACUGGGCCUUGGACCCGAGUUUUCCUCCUUUCAGCAAAUACCCUCGAAUGAGUCAGGCAUGCAUUUUAUAGAACCAACCGUAUCAAUUGAUAUCCCCGAUGAUGCUUCCGCCCACCCGGAUGUGAAAAAUAUUAAUGAAAUGUGUGAGAAUAGUGAGAGAAAGGCCCGAAAACGAUCAUUGAAAAAGUGGUCCAAUGUGGAUAUUCCUGAAGAGCACCUACAAGCUUGGAACAAGGCAUUGAUGCCAAAGCUAAGCAAACUUUUACAAAAGAUUUUAAAAGACUCGCCAGAAUCUUGCAGUGCAACGCUGUUAGUUGCUGGAGAAACAGCGGACACGGCUAAGACAACGAUAUGCGUUACUUGCACCAAUGUUCGAAAAGUCCGUGCGGCAUUAAAGAAGUACUUUGAAUAUGAUCGUGAAAACUGGAAUCUAAUCGUCAUUCGCGGAGAUAUAAAACGAUCCAAAGUGCCACGGAAGAAACGCCGGAAGCCUAGAGCGAACAAGGGCGUUGUUCCUCCAGAGGCGACUGUGGCUAAUUUCAAUGCCAACUAUCAAAGCAAGCCUAUAUGCGGUGCCUCGAUUGGCGCCUUCCGUUAUGAUGAACAUCUACCGCCAGUUUCUUACGGUGGCGCGAUUCUUGUGGACGGUGUACCGUAUGGGAUGACAGUUCAUCAUAUGCUAGACACUCCCUGCGAUGAUGAUGAUGAUUAUGGCGAUGGGUAUGAGGACGACGAUGCAGAUUAUCCACCUCGAUCCGCAGCUAAUUGUAUACCCAAUCUCGAUAAUCGUGAUACUUCCUUUUCCUGGGGCGAUGCUAACGUACCAGAGGCUGUCUACCCAUUUGAGUUUUCGGAGGACGAGGACGAUGAUGACGAUCAGUCCAUAACACAUAGCCUUGACGAAUCAUUUGACGACCACUGGCUAUCUGACGGCUACUCGAGUGACGAGGGAGAUGAUUACGGCGGUUUCGAUGACGACGAUGCGGCUUCGAUUGGGGAUACAGUUGGGGUUGAACCUGGCGAAGAGCCUCGGAUUAUGGUCACGCAGCCAGCACUUGAUGAUGUACAUGAAGACUUCUUUCCAACACCUGAAGAUAGAGAUGAUGAGCAUCUUGCAUCUCAUUCCUUGGGCUUUGUUCACGCCUCAUCUGGAGUUCGAAGGUGGACUCGUGAUGGCAUCAAACAUGAGGUCGACUGGGCAUUGAUUAGAAUCGACUUAAACAGGAUGGAAGUUAAUAAUCAGGUUCCCGUUAGCGCAACACCCCAAGGCAACUCUAGGUCUAACCGGAGACAACCACAAGCUGAUACCAACUCCUUCCGCACCCUAACCAAAAUCGCGAAACUCGAUGACCUCGGUGGUUUAAAUGUACAGUGUUGCGGUCGAACUAGCGGUUUCCAGAGUGGACGAAUUUCUAAGGCCUUAACUCUAGUUAAAAUGUAUGGCCGUCAAUCAUUCUCAACUAGCUUCAGCGUUGACGGCAACUUUGGAGUUCCCGGGGAUUCUGGUGCCUGGGUCUUUAACGACAAGGGCCAAGUAUGUGGCCAUGUUCUUGCUUGGUCCGAGAAGAGUCGAAGCGCCUACAUCGCCCCUAUGGAAAUUCUUCUCAAUGACAUCGCUCGCACCCUUUGUGCGUAUAGCGUAAAACUGCCAGGCGGCGACGAAGAGAUAUGUUUUUGUGACUCCGCUCCAUCAGCAUCUGUGACUGGGGCACCACCGCCAAUGCUACCAAUUCACUCGAUGAAACCACUCCCACCGACCCCAGCGAUGGCAGAGCAUCUUCCAAUUGAACUACAGAAGUUAACUCUCGAGCUGGAAGACCCCCCUCGUAAUAAUACUAGGGUUGGGAGUGUUAAGAAUAUGAAGGAUGUUUCUGGAACUUAUCGAGCCAGCAAUGCCUUGAUGCCGCAUACUCGAGCUAUGGAGCGGCAGAUCGCCUGA